CCAGCAUUAACGCAAGUCGAUGAUCGCAGCGUUCUUCGAGAGAUGGCAAGCUUCGUCUAGCCCUGCUGUGCAUCAUGCAUGCGCGGUGCUCUUUCUGGCGGCACUCGCCCGCUCUCGGCACGGCACCCGGGCUCCAGACGGACUGCGGCCGGUUGGGUUUAACCUCCCUGUCGCUGGCCGAGUGCAGGUCUGCUUGGCGGCUCGUCCGCCUCUCCCCCACUGGCGAAGCACUAAACUAACUAACGGGUUGGCUAGCGAGGUUGCUGAAGGCCAGCUAGUCGACUCUCUCUCUUUCUUCUCCCCCCCCAGCACGCUUGCGGAAUCAGACUGGCGAAUUUCGACUUUGUCUCUGCAGGUCCCAUCCUACUCCAACCCACACACGGCAUCCUGUCACAUCCCGCCGCCUUCCCGUCCUCUCUCGCCUGCCUUCGUGUGUCACCCCGUUUCAGCGAUCGACGCCUGGAUUGGCCUAAACGAAACCCCCCUUCUGCCGUCUUCAAGGGCUUCGUCACCCGAUCGGGGUUCCAGCGCCUCCCAUCGCCAGUCCCCGACCACCGCAGGUCCCAAGAGCCUGCCGUUUGACAACGGCUGUGCGCAGUAUUAGGUACGCUCUUGCGGCACUCUGGAAUGACGGAAGCUGGCUCUGGGCGACUGAAUUGUUGAUCGAUUCGACCCAUCCUCGCUGGUGGUCAUUACUUGCCCCUGGGUCCGACACUUGGCAUUCUGUCGUCAUCUCAUCCGGCCAGGGACCUUUUUUUUAUCGAUGUCAAUGCCGUGAGAAACUGGGCGCCCUCGUUGGUCCAUGUGUGAUUCCCUUAAACAUCGCCAGUGUUACUGCUAUGAACGAUCGAGCACGAGGCCCAUCGCCGUCGCCUUGAACAGUCGAUGACCAUGCCCGUCGAACCGUCCCGGCCCAGUCCACGCUCAGAUCUUCUCGUCCUCCAGUCACCACUCUCACGUCAGCACCACAUGCCCUUGCUAUGCCCAGAAUUCCGUAUUGACGAAUAGCGCUUCUGUUACUUUUCGACUUGUCAAUUUCUACAAUCCUGGAUCCGCUACAGCGUUCACUGUGUUAGCCUGUGUGGAGCUCUUGUCAUUUCGAAAUGGACGCCGCUCAGGAACGAGAACGUAGACGACGAGGCUCAUCGCAAAAGUCCAUGCUAUCGAAGGCUCUCCAAAAAGCUAAUACGGCCGUGCUCCUGGAUAACGCCGCAAACUAUGAAGGCGCCAUCGAUGCAUACUCGGAUGCCUGCGAUCUUCUUAUGCAGGUAAUGCGCCGCACUGACGGCGGCGAUGAAAAGCAGAAACUUGAAGAAAUCCGUACUACCUAUACUACCCGAAUUACUGAGCUUCGGCGACUUGGUCUUUCGUCCAGAUCGGGUGGGAAAGCGUUGCCCGAAAGGCCUUUGAGCGAUGAAUCCUUGUCCCCUAGCGCAUUUUCUUUCCGAUCCGAUGUCCAUGAUGAGUUGGACGAGGAUGACCCAUAUGUUAUCGAGACGGCAACUGCUACUCGAAUACUCAAUAAUCCUUCUUAUAUGACCGACCCUUCUGAACCACGCACCUUACCUCCCUCACAGAUUCCUCCGCGUCGGCAGUCUUUAUUACCUUCAGCAUUUGACGACGAAGUUCGUUUUUCUAGACCCAAAAAGCCCAGCUUGCUCCGUGCAGGUUCAUCCUCAAACCUACCGACGCUGGCCGAACAAUUGGAUGAAAGCUCUCUUUCCGGUGAUAGAAACUCGGAGGGUAACGCGUUUCACCAUCAGAGUCCGUCACGAGAUCCACCUCUACCUCCCCGUACGGUUAGCCAGCAAUCAGAAUACCGAAAUCAAUUGUCCUCUCAUUUACAACCGGACUUCAACAACGAAUCUACCUCCUGGUUGGAUAAUGGUGAUUCCGGGGGAUCUUCAGCUUCGUCCCUUCGCUCGAGGUCAUCCUCUCUCUAUCUACGAAAGAGAGAUCGCAUGACUAGCGGAGGAACAGAGGCUGCAUUCGAUGCUGCACUGGAUGCCGCCGUAGAGGCAGCAUAUGAUGAGGGGUUGGAACCGGCCGACGAUUCAGACGAUAUGUCAGCAGAUGACGAUAUAGUUUUGAAUGUGAGAAGAAACGUGGAACGAGCUAAGCAAAAAGUUCGUGAGGCUGAAAUGGAAGCCGAAGCUAUCUCUGCUAAGGAGAGAGAAACGAGGCGGAUUCAAGAGGAAGCUUUUCAUGGUAACUACGGCGCGUUAAACGCGAGCUACGAAGAUGGAGAAGCGGAAGAGGAGGAACUAAUAUUGGAAGAAAUGAUGGAUGUCUUCGACUUUGACUUGCAAACCAAGUCGGCCCUACCACGGCAGUCUGGCUCCAGUGGGUUUUCAGGCCGAACUUGGGGAAGUUCGAUAGCGUCCAACGCUGCAACUACCGGAACAUCACUAUCUACCCUUGCAGAAGAAGAAAUUCCACCCACGAAUAUUAAAUUAGCUGAAUCAUCACAGAACCCUCCACCGUCACAACCGUCCUCCAGCGCUCCGGCUCCUUCUACACCAUUGCCACCUCCACCACCACCUCCACCACCACCUCCUCCACCUCCUCCGCCUCCUCCUUCUGCAGCACUGCCAUUUAGUCUCCCAUCCUCCCUACCACCCCUUCCAACACCCAUCCAACCCACAAUCACACCUAAUAGUCCGGUGGCUCCCAGUGUAAGGGCAAGGCGACUGUCCGGCUGGAACGCAAAGGAAUUAUCCAUCGAAACAAAUGGACGAUUGCCGCUAGGUGCCGAGGCUCCUCUUACGGUCCCUGGGUCAAGAACUGGGCACAUGUCACCGUCCCUACUACCCAAAGAUGAGUCCAAAACUGGGUUUACAGCUGCAUGGCAAAAUACAGAACCCAAAUCCGCUUUCCCAAUACAGCGUCUGAAAUACAACCAUGCUGCUGCAGGCUCAGCUGAAUCCCUUCCAAUACAGUCCCCGGUGGCCCCUUUCCCAGAACUGCAAGCAGACGAGGAUGAAGAUGACAGUAUGGAUCAUCGGUCCAGUGGCCAUACAGUUAGCAAAGUAGCUUCCGCACCGGACACGUUAAGAAAGGAUACUAUAUCUUCACAAUCCAAGUCGGCGCGAGGGAAACAGUUAUCCAUCUCUACUGAAGAUACCGGCAGGGUCCCGGAGAGCCCGUUGGUAUCUGCAUUUCCUGCUUCCAUGCGAAAAGGCCCCCAUAUGUCUGUCUCAACUGCAGGAAGCCCGUCUGUUGGGGGCCCUCACCAUAUUUUUGAUGGAACGUUUCAUUCCGCAAUGGCACCUGGUUGCUCUGACUCAUCUACCCCAAACCCCCCCGCGGCUCUGGAACCCUGUCCCCAGUCAUUUUUACUCCGUCCAUUCUGGCUAAUGAGAUGCAUUUAUCAAAGUAUCACUCAUCCGCGGGGGGCUUAUCUAACAACGAAACUUUUUGUUCCACGGGAUGUUUGGCGGGUGAAGAACGUGAAGCUCAAGGCGGUUGAGGAAAAGAUCUCAAAUUGCGAUCUUCUCACGGCUGCAUUAUUGAAAGUAGCGCAAGUUGACACCAACGAUGCUGACGCAGUUCUCGAAGAAAUGCAAUCCCUGGAUACCAUUCUCGAUCAGGUUCAAUUGAUAUUGUCAAAAAAGCUAGGUAACGAAGUCGGCGUCAAUGGUGCGAUGCACCUCUUCAAAUCAGCAUCAUCAGAGGAUUCUUCGACAUUUAGCGAACAGUCUUCACGAUCAUCGAGUGGGGGAAGUAGAUCUUACCUGACUCCGUUUAGAAAAUUGCGGUCAAAGAGCUCGGGGCCUAACGCUGGACCGUCUACCUCUGCGACUAAGGAGGCUAGCAAGGAUGACCUAACUAUGCACUCGUUGCCGAUGAAUACGACGUUAAAUUUACGUGCCCCAAAACGAAAUUUGCCGGAAUUGAAAUGCACAGGACCGAAUGCUAACUACAUGAAUGCAUUGGCAAGAUUGUGCGAUGCUGCGCAGGUACUUGAUCAAAUUGCCCGGCAAGUCGAGGACCCUGGGUUAAAGCACACAUCCGAGACACAAGUGGGUCUAGAACUAUGCGCACGCCAUGCUGCGGAGUUUUUUGGCUUUUAUGUUUGUCGAUUUGCUCUGAAUGACAUAGGAUUGAUGAUAGAUAAAUUCAUUAAACGUGGGAGCGAAUGGGUCUUGGUUUAACGUGUGAGCUCUUUUUUGGCUUUUCCUUGUUCCCGGGCUUUUUUUUCCUAUUGGGGUAUCCUUUUUGGUUGGUAUUUUUGGUUGCUUUAUAUUUGAUUAUUGAAAGAUAAUAUAGUAAUAUAUAUACACUAGAUAGGGGGGGUGUGUAUGAUGUAUGACUUUGAAUAUGAAGUGAUGUUCGAGGUUUUAGGCGUUAUUAUUGUCUGUUUGCUGGUAUCAUUUUCCAAUUUAUCAAAGCGAUAAGUGAUAAUGGAGUCUUCACUUGUAAUAUAUUUGUAAAUGCAAAUGCCAGAAACAAAAUUGUUGCUACUUAUG